AUGGCAAAACAUGGCUAUCCAGUACAGGAAUGGAAUGACGGUUGCAUAGACAGACCCACAACCCCCACAGCUCAAGCCGACGCGCUCUCACAUACUACAUCAUCCGAAUAUCUUACACCAACCGCGUUUCGUUCCCACGACAAAAAUAAUACCACAGGCCUGGGAACCCGUGCGACAAGCGCAGUCAGCUUGCCCCAUAGACCCGUCCCCGAGCGCACGUCGUCGGCGAGCAUUCUGUCGCGGGGUCUAGGUGGACCUGUGCAGGCAUCGAUGCGCGAAUUGCCGACAUGGAGAAUCUCAGAAUUGGAUGGCCUGGACACACUGGUCGACGAUAAAGGUCGAGCCGGGUCUCCGGUUCGCCGAUCAAUCGGUCGCGCAGCCCAGUCAUCUGAGGUCCUCCGACCUGCCCUUGCACGCACCUUCAUUCGUACCUCGCCUCCUCAUGAAAUUCUGGACCAUGGCAGCAGUCGUCACCCCCGAGUAGAGCUUUCAAUCAGCCUUCCCUCGCCACUCUUUGUGGGAGGUGGCACAGUAGAAGGACAACUCACCAUUCAAGUGGAUGGCGGGCAGGCAAGAAAGCCAAAGAUGAAGCCAAUCUACCUCUCCAAAGCUUGCGUUGAUGUCAUUGGCGUCGAAGAAAUCAACGACGGCCGACGCUGGAUAUUUUUGUCGCUUGCAACAGAGCUAUUCGAUCAUGAAAAUCCACCUCCACCUUCCCUGGUCACGUCGCAGACCCCGGAACCUGGUGCAGAUCUGUGCUGGGAGAUGAAGUCUGCUACGUCGGUCGUUCCCUUCUGCGUCAACCUGCCCUUGAAGCUCGGGCCCCCUCCGUACUCGUCCAGGCAAGCUUCUAUCCGGUACCUACUGUGUCCUUCGAUUGUGGUCAAGGCUGGAGACAAGAGAACUGUGAUCAGACAGACAUAG